AGAUGUUAUUUUUUCUGAAUAACAAUUACCUCUUUCAGAGUGGAUGGAAUAAUCUGUUGACUUCUUAAAAUCAUAGUUAGACUCAAAAACGGAAUGUCCUUGAAAAUAAUCUUGUGUCAUUUCUGUGAAGCUCACGGGCCCCGUGUCUUGUUCUGCUCAGAGACCAAAUCCCAGGCACAAGUAAAGUCGAAGUCCAAUAGUGAAAGGAUCAAUCAUCAAGGAGGUGGGAUGUGUGUUGCUUGCACAAGCGUGCAAGAUCAUCCAGGCUUCCUAUCGAGUGAUUCAAACUGCAUUGAAAAUGCAGUUGCAGGAAGCGAUAUUGAACCAGUCGUAUAUAAGAGUUCACAGUACCCUGAUUCUGCCGAUGACUUCUCGCAUGUUAGACAAGCAUGUGUUAAAAGCCUAAGCAACGAGGUGGGGAUGGGCCAGAAGUCAUGCCUGUUUUUUGGAGACACUAAAAACGGAUACACCCUGUCACAAGUGUUUAACCUGCAUGACUCAAAAGCACGAGGUCUACAGCGUCUUUACAGCCUGCUAGCUUGGAGUCGCGAUCGCUAUUUUCUAAUCAACUACUGGUCCUUUUUCGAGGAAAACUUCCGAAUUGUGAUCGAUGGUUUGGUCAAGAGAGCAGAAGAAAUAUUCACUUCGGAAGGUAGGAACGAUGUAGUGCCCAUCACAAACUUACAAAGAGCUAGGCCAGUGACUGCUCGUAGUUUGUCUACUUUGGUGAACUGCGAUGAUAUCUUCGAGAGACUCCAUAAGCAGUUUGCGUGGAUACUUAAGAACUCCUACUCUUUCUACGUAGAAGUUCCAGUUCCAGAGUGGAUUAAAGUGACAGAAGAAGACUCAGAAGUCGCCAAAGAGAUCUCCGUCGACUUGUUGAGCGAAGACUUUCUCGGAACUUCCUUAGAAACUGUUCAAAAUGAUUCUUUAAAUGGGAAAAAAAGCAGUAAAAUCCUGUUGCCAUUGAGAGCUCUUUAUCAGCUUCUAGGUGGCAGUUACUUUAUCAUAGUGUGUCUUCAUACCCUGAUAGGAAAUCAAGUUAUACUACGUGGAACAAAUCAGGAUUUCGUCACUGCCAUAUUGAACACAUUUGCUAAAUUGAUACCGCUUGGCUGCUGUAGAAUCAAAAGUCUUGCCGAUGAGUAUUUUGAGGCUUUUCAAUUCAAUUUUUUGGGUCUUAAAUCAUGUGUUAAAUUACCCGAUCAUGUUGUAGAUUCAGACUUGUUUGUGUUAUUAGACGUUAAAGGAGAAGGCGAGAAUCUUAACCACUACCAGUUUGAAGUUACCUCUAAUUUGUUUUUUGAACGAGACCAGAUGCCCCAAAUUCUGACGAAUCUGGAGCGAAUCUUAGUAAAUACACACGAUUUCAGUGCCUCUGACGUUAUAGCAUAUUACUUUUGUCUGAAAGAAGAACUAAUGGGAAAAGUGGAAACCUUUUAUCAGUUCACUAGGCUUUCGCCUGACUGCAAAAACAGUAGGUUGCAAUCGUGUUUCAAAAUACUGGAUGCUAAUAGUGAACUGGAACAGAUGAUGUUGCGUUUCUGGCUCAACGGACUCAGCAACAAGUUCAAAAAGAACCAAAUGAUAUAUUUGAAGGAAUUUCAAAUUGAAAAUAUUUCCUGAAUUUUGAUGAAAAAAAACUAUUAUUUAUUGGAAAUAGAGUAGUGCUUGAGUAGUUUAAGUUAAUUUUAAGUGAAAGAAAUCCAUUUUAGCUGCUUCGCAUUUAACAGUAAUGAUUUUUGAGCUCCAUGUUCUUGUCGACGGUGGCGUGACUGUGAGGAUCUGUUAAACGUUUCUGCGAGGAAUCAAAAAGUGGAAGUUUUCUUUUGAAAAUCUUAGAUGGAAAAUUAGAGCCGUAAAAUUUGUUGC